AUGGUAGCAGGAUACGCCGAUGAAGUCCAGUUGCUUUUCAAAAGAGGUGCCAAAGCAGACGCUCUCUCCAAAGAUGGCGAAACGCCACUCCUGCUUGCCGCGUUCAAGACCAACAAGAACCGUGCUCGGAUUAUCCAAUUACUUCAUGCGAAGAUACCUUCAAGCGCCGUUGACGCAACCAGUCCCGUAGACGGGACCAACACACCGUUGAUGUUCGUGGCCAGGGCAUCCUUGACACUGAUGAAUGAUGAUGGCUACAAUGCGAAAGAUUUGGACGACAAGACCUACGAUAGGGUUGUUACCCAUCCUCUCAACCUGGUGGAGAAGGCGAACUUGGCCAAGUUGAUUGAAUUGGUUAUCAAUAAGGUCGCCGAUGAUAUCGUCUGGCGGGCGCACGGCAUAAGCAUCGAUCUAGACGAGGCCUGGGACCAGGCUGUGAAUCGUGGCGAAGGCUCGACUACAGCUGCACUCGUGGAGAAAGUGAACGAACCGGCCGGAGACUCCCCCAUAGAGCGUUUCCUCGAAGACAAGGAAGACUUCGUCCAAGAGGUCGCUAAGAACGCUGUGGAGCUGCAAAACGAUACAAGCACUACUCUCGAUAGUCCGGAGGUUCUGCCCAAGACCAGCAAGGUAGCAUUAUAUCAACAAGCUAUCUAUUGCGAUGUCAGCGGCUCAAUGAAACGUGAAGAUCGCUGGAAGUCCCAGAAAAACCUCGUCGAACGAACGGCGAAGAUCACCACGCGAGUCCUUCCCAAAGGUGAAGGGGUCGCGCUUCGCUUCAUCAACCAGGAGGUAGACGGCUCGUCAAACCUGGGCCUUGAGCAUGUUGCGAACAUCCUGGCACCCUUGAAGUGGGAUGAUUACGUGCCGAAGUGUUUUGGGAACCCGCUCCUCAUCUCUAUCCUCACGGACGAUGGGCCUAAGCGCGAACCAGGAGGAAACACGCUAAAAAAUGCCAUUGUCGAGUGCGGCCAGAGGAUGAAGGAUGUCGGGUUCCCUCGCGAGAGUGAGCAUCCUCAUUUCAGCAGUCCCAACCGCUAA